AUCGCCAAUCAACGCUGCGGCGCGUGUCCCGUCGUCUAUCGCAAUCCUCAUCCGCACCGCUUCAGCCCCCGCGAAGCAUCGCACACGCCGGGUCCCAGCUGCGAACAAACCCGCGAGCAGCAGAAGCAACAGAAGCAGAAGCAGCCCACAACGGCAGUAGCAGGCGCGGGGAGCGGGACCACUCACGCACACACACUCUCUCUCGCGCGCGUUCGCGCAGCCCUCACCAUGGCCACCGACCCCGUCGUCGCGCAGGUCCAGCGUAAGAUCGAGCUCCAGGCCCCCGAGGACCUCGCCUACCUGCUCGCCAAUGUCCGUCGUGCCGCCGCCGACCGCAUCGACGAGGCUUUCCCGCCCGUCGAGGGCGCCGACCGCGGCGAGGACCGCCUGCGCAACCAGAUCGAGGCGCUCGUCAACGAGUACAUCGACAAGACCUUUUCCCUCGCCGCGCCGAACCUCUCCAUCAACGGCCUCCCCGUCCCUAACAGCCUCGUGUCUGGCGGCGCCUCCGCCGCGCAGGACCACGACGACACGGCGUACGAGCCCUUCGACACGCGCAAGAGGCAGCGCAUCGCCGACCGCACCGCCGAGGAGGAGCGCCUGCUCGAGGAGGUCGCCGCGCUCAAGCGCUCCGUCCCCGCUGCCGCCGCCGCACAGCAAGCCGCUCGCGUGCGCGAGGGCCUCGAUCGUGACGAGGAGCUACUACACCACCGCAUAGCGUCCUCAACCGCCGCCGCCGCCGCAGAACACGGCCCGCGGAUCGGCGUCCUGCCGCGGCAGGACGCUGUCGAAGCUGCGUUUGGGGGCGCGGUGGACGCGCUGGGCAGGCUCAAGAGGGACAUGCCCGCCGUGGUGGCCAAGAUGGAGCGAGCGAGGGUCGCUGGCAAGUACGUCGUCACGGACGGUAGAUGAUGGACAGAAAUAGCGCAGGGAUACGGGACACUGCAAGCACUUGGGCGUUUAGGCGUAACAAAGGACGAGAUAUCCAAUCGAAUUCAUUUGAGCCAUAGAUUGCGGUCUCUUCGCGAGUACAUCUAUUACACAGUGGAAUGUGGCAAUGGCAGACGUUAGACCCUAC